AUGGCGGGAAUACCCAUCAAAUUAGUUGGUCGAGCAGGACUUCGCUUCGAAAUCGGCCCCAUCCAGCUCGAUCAUCAUGUCUAUUUUACCGAUGCCGCUUGUAUCCCCGAAACCGCCGACUCCUAUAACAUCAUUAUGGGUAACGAUCUCUUGUCUCGUUUGCCCACCUGGACUAUUGAUUACCACCGGAGGGCCUUCCACUUCACAGGACAUGCGGGAAACCUCCCUUGCUCGGCCCCGCCCCUCUCGCAAAGUACAGCCACGCCCAUUACAGUACGCGUAGCAGAGACUACCGUACUCCAGCCUCAGACUGAAACGUUUGUUACUUGCAUCACAGAUUCCACCCCGGCCUCUUCCAUAGUUCUCUCGUCGCAAUCUGACAACUUGCUUGACAAAAACAUAAUGAUCUCUCCGGCAGUCCUCGUCCCGGGUAAAGUCCAACUUCUCGCCACAAACCCGUCAUGCGUCGCUGAGGUCUUGUACAAAGGUCAGAAGAUCGCCACAGCUUCGCCCCUUCUCGAAAAUGAUGAUCACACUCUGGCAGUUUCUCCACGGUGGUUUUAG